AGCCAUCUGCCCAGAUUUUUUUGUGGGACAAGAAGCUUGGAAACUUUCUAAUGACUGGGCGUCUUUCGAUGACUGGCUGAAAACCCGAAAUGCCGGCAAAAUAGACAAAGAAGUUGAUGUCGUCCUGAAGUAUCUAAAGGAACAAUGUGGUGCAAAGAAGAUUGGUGUCAUUGGGUUUUGCUGGGGUGGAGCGGCAGUACAACAUCUGAUGCUGAAAAAUCCUCAUUUGAAGACAGGGGUGUCGCUCUACGGAGUGAUCAAGUUCUUUGAGGACAGAUUCAGUUUGCUUCAUCCCACUUUCUUCAUUUUUGCUGAAAAAGAUGAGAUCAUCCCAUUGGAGAAGGUCACUCAACUGGAGCAGAAGCUUAAGCAAAACUGUAAGGUUGCUUAUGAAGUUAAAAUUUACCCUGGACAGACGCAUGGGUUUGUACAUCGCAAAAGAGAAGAUAUCAACCCUCAAGAUAAACCUUAUAUUGAAGAAGGAAGAAAGGAUAUGAUCAACUGGCUGAAUAAAUAUCUUUAGCAUAGAUAAAUGCCCAUAAAAUAAAUCAGUUGUUGUAGGAUAUCAAAAAAUAAUUAAAAAAGAGUAUAUUGAUUAAAAGGUUCUUAAACCCAUCAAAAUAGUUUGUAAAA